AGAGACCCAAAAAGUCAUGCACAUUACCUACGGGAUUCAUUAUAUGUAUAGUGUUCGCUUUUCAAUGUGCAACGUGAGUUUGAGGUUAUAUCAGUAAACGAACUCCAUAUGUUGAAAAUUGAUAACACUACGUUUAUUAAUGAUCUUUAACGAUGUUAUGUAUCUUUGUAUUAAAAAAGAAUACAUAGUUUUUUGUAUUUAUAUUUAUAUAAAAUAUACAUAUAUAUAUAUAUAUCCUUCCAACAAAAUAAAACCAUCAAGAAAGCUCUCUGAUAAAUUUAUCUUUUAGGAAAUACAAAUAGAAGAAAUUUUAUGUAAAAUGAAAGAAACUUGUGCAUGAAUAGAUGUCUGAAAUUGGAUUUACACGUCUGCGAAAGUUAUAUUUGUACAUCAGAUGUAAAGAUUGUUUACUGUGAGGUAUGCCUCACCCUCAGCACUUAAAAACCUGUUUGAGAAUCGUCAAACAAAUAUGUCCGGUGGUGACGUUAAUGUGCACCGUGUUUGUCAUCGCGAUUACGAUUUACAUCGGCGAGAAGGUCUCGCCUGUCUUCAUCUUCCUUUGCAUGCAGGUGUACCUAAACUGGUACUCCGUGUACAGCAUCAGCUGCAAGUCGACUCCAAUGAAGGUGAAAGAGGUACAGAGUGGUAAUCUGUACAAUGUUGUCAUUCAGCAGCAGCAGCAACGCAAGUACGAGCAACAGUCCAACAAUGUUGUGCAGCCACCGGCGCACAAUACGGCUUACAAGUUUUGGCACUGCGACCGGUGUCAGAGCUACAUGUGCAAGCCAACGCAGCAUUGCGUUUUCUGCCGCAAGUGCUUUCACUUCCGGGACCACCAUUGCUUCUUUCUGGGUGCUUGCGUGCUUCGCCAGAACAUGGGCAACUUUAUACUGUUCUGCUUCUACACAUCACUGACCUGUCUGUACUCCUUGUGCGUGCUGGGCCCGUACAUGUACGAGAACAUCAGUCACAUUGUGAAGAGCGACGCGGACUACCUCAAUAUAUUCCUGAACUUCUGCUUCCCGAUCGCCCUGGCAAGACUACUGCAUUCCCGAGAUAGCUCGAGUAUACUUUUAGUCACGACGUUUGACACGCUGAUGUCGAUUCUGUGUAUCUGUUUGGUACUCGGCGUGUGGAAGCUGCACAGUUGCUUGUCCGGCAAGCAACGUUACGUCAAUGUGACGGGAAGACAAAAUCUGCGGGAGAUCUUCGGCAGCUAUGGUCUGUCGAAUAUUAUCUUCCCAUACAACGGUCUCAUAGGCACGCGAGAUAUUAACGGCAAAUAUGAACUAAAGGAAGUGUGAGACUCUAGUCAAGUGAAUAAAUAAACUCUGAUUAAAUAUCUAACACAUACACAUUUCUUUAUUAUGUACUUAUAUAGCAAUAAAUACAGUCAUAUGUACAACAUAA